GGUGGCCUUGCCGCCCACCCCAUUUCACAGGCUGGAGAGUGGAGGCCGAAGUCGGCGGAGGCCCUGGGUGCGGGAUUCCUGCGCGAGGUAGAGCCACGUGGCUCAUCCUCCGGCUGGGAGGCAGAGAGCAGCAGGUCUUUGGCGACCCGGGGAGCCUCCUCUGGACCUGGGCAGCAUUCCCUGGUUGGGCCAUGCCCUGGAGUUCGGGAAGGAUGCGGCCGGCUUCCUGGCGAGGAUGAAGCAGAAACACGGGGACAUCUUCACGGUGCUGCUGGGGGGCAGGUACGUCACGGUCCUCCUAGACCCGCACUCCUACGACACCGUGGUGUGGGAGUCGCGCGCCAAGCUGGACUUCCACGCCUACGCCCUCUUCCUCAUGGAGCGGAUUUUCGAUGUGCAGCUGCCCCACUACAGCCCCAGCGAUGAGAAGGCCAGGAUGAGGCCGACGCUCCUGCACAGAGACCUGCAGGCGCUCACCGAGGCCAUGGACGCCAACCUCCGCACCGUCCUGCUGGGUGACACUGCGGCCGCGGACGGCAGCUGGCACGAGACGGGCCUGCUUGAGUUCGCCUACGGCGCCCUGCUCAGGGCCGGCUACCUUACUCUGUACGGAGUUGAGGCGUCGCCACACACCCAGCAGAGCCAGGCGCAGGACCGUGUCCACUCGGCCGACGUCUUCCACACCUUCCGCCAGCUCGACCUGCUGCUCCCCAAACUGGCUCGCGGCACCCUGUCGGCAGGGGAUAAGGACCUCGCGUGCAGCGUCAAAAGUCGCCUGUGGAAGCUGCUGUCCCCCACCAGGCUCGCCACCCGAGCCCACCGGAGCAGCUGGCUGGAGAGCUACCUGCUGCACCUGCAGGAGAUGGGUGUGUCAGAGGAGAUGCAGGCUCGGGCCCUGGUGCUGCAGCUCUGGGCCACGCAGGGGAACAUGGGCCCCGCUGCCUUCUGGCUGCUGCUCUUCCUUCUCCAGAGUCCCGAGGCCCUGGCUGCUGUCCGCGGGGAGCUAGAGCGCGGCCUGGAGCAGCCGGUCUCGCGGAUGGCUGCCCUGCCGCAGAAGGUUCUAGACAACACGCCUGUGCUGGACAGCGUGCUGAACGAGAGCCUCAGGCUCACGGCCGCGCCGUUCAUCACCCGAGAGGUCGUGUCGGACCUGGCCUUGCCCAUGGCCGAUGGGCGGGAAUUCACCCUGCGACGUGGUGACCGCCUCCUUCUGUUUCCCUUCCUGAGCCCCCAGAAGGACCCAGAAAUCUACACGGACCCCGAGGUAUUUAAGUACAACCGGUUCCUGAACGCUGACGGCUCAGAGAAGAAGGACUUCUACAAGGACGGAAAACGACUGAAGAAUUACAGCAUGCCUUGGGGAGCGGGGCACAACCAGUGCCUGGGCCGGACCUUCGCCACCAACAGCAUCAAGCAAUUUGUGUCCCUGGUGCUGCUGCACUUCGACCUGGAGCUGCUGGACGCUGGCGCCGAGCUGCCCGAGUUCGACCUCAGCAGGUACGGCUUCGGCCUCAUGCAGCCGGAGCGCGAUGUGCAGGUGCGCCUCCGCCUCCGGCCCUGAGAUCCCCAAGACGUGCCCACCGCCCACCGGCCGGCCCCACCUCCCACCUGGCUGGCGGCACCGGGCGAGCGCAGGUGUCGCCCACCACGUUCCUGCUUUUCUCCGAGGAGGCUCCGCCCAGGGGAGGAAAGAGAGGGGACGCGGGGUAGGCGUUCACACCUGGCGCCUGCUGCUCCCCGCUUGCUCCUCUCACCUGUGGUGGCCACAAAAGCUGGCGCGGGAAGUCCUCACCGCCAGGCCCCCGACACCCAGCAGGUCACGGCUUCGAGAGGCUGGCCAGGCCAGAAGAGGGGUGCAGGCCUCAGGCCUCCUGCAGGGGGCGCCAGCUGUGGCCACAGCCCCGUCUGCUUUGUGCAAGAAACAGUUGCCUUUGUUGUCGUCUUCGAAUCAUCUUUGGGAGACUUGAAUUCCAAACGUCCCUUCUCUUGGGCACUUGAAGACUGGGCCACGCUGGGCCCCCGUGGCCACGUAUGGCUGCUGGCCGGAGCUUGUGGGGGGCACGUGCUCUCUGCUUCUGCAUUUGAGGCUCGGUGCUGACUCAGAGGUGCCGUUGUAGGAGGUGAAGGGAGCCAGCCAAGCUCAUCCCAGCCUGGGUGCACCACUCGGAACAGAUCAGAUGCACACUUGCCUUUGCCUCGGCUUUAGAAAACAUGCAGCUUAGGGGUCGGCGCUGUGGCGUAGUGGGUAAAGCCGCCGCCUGCGGUGCUGGCAUCCCAUAUCGGCGCCGGUUCAAGUCCCAGCUGCUCCACUUCCAAUCCAGCUCUCUGCUGUGGCCUGGGAAAGCAGUAGAAGAUGGCCCAAGUGCUUGGGCCCCCACACCGUCGUGGGAGACCUGGAAGAAGCUCCUGGCUUCGGAUUGGCCUAGCUCUGGCUAUUGUGGCCAAUCGAGGAGUGAACCAGCAGAUGGAAGACCUCUCUCUUUCUCUGCCUCUGCCUCUCAAAUAAUAACUAAAUAAAUCUUAAAAAAAAAACAAGCAACUUAAAGGAGAAAAAAACCUGCAAGCCUUGAUUCGGAUGGUAGGUCUUGUUAGUAAGAUUGGGACCUGCUUCGGGGUACCCUUUCAGUGCCUGCCACAGGCACAGUUGGCACUGUGUGUGCACCCCCGGCCCCACGUCUGUGGGGAGACGGUGGCUGUGCCCACUCUGCAGAUGCGAAGACCGGCUCAGAGAGGUGAAGUGCCCGGGUCACACAGCUCAUAAGCCAGUGGGACGCAGUCUCUUGUCGCAGGAGCGAAUGCUGGGUGGGCCGUUCUGCAUCCCUUGGGCCCCAGGGGCGGCAGUGGGGGCAGAGGGUGGCCGUUCUACAGCACAGGACAGCUGACAGAGCCGUGUGCUUCCCAGGGCGGCUGCAGCCCACAAGAUGCAGAUACACGCAUAGCUGCUCUCCAGGGCCACGUCUGGCCGUGGGGGCUAGGCACCCCCCCCCCCCCGUGUUCCCAGGCAGACACCGUGAUUGGCAGGAGGCCGGAUAUCCCCAGGGAAACCCAUCUCCACGCCUGGGUGACCCUGCUGCCGCCUGCCUCUUCACUCUGCAGGCAAUCAGAGCUGGCAGUCUCCUGUGGGAGGCUGGAGCCGGUUUCCAUGGCAACCCGCAGCUGCCGCCCCGUGGCUUCAAAGCGCAGGAAGAAAGUGGGCAGGCAUCGCUGCGGGGCUGCGACCCCGGUGUGGUGCGGAAGGCCCCGGGCAGACCGGGGCUCUCGCCCACUGAGACUGGAGUUGCACCUGCGCUCCCGCAGGGCCGACUCCCUUCACAGGUGGCACCUGCUCAGAGAGCCACGAUCAGAAGGGAGUGACCCACGGGGAGGCGGCCUGGAUGUUACCGUGUCCCUUUGUCACCGCUGUGAGAAUCCCGAGACGGUGGGCGCUUGUUAGGAAGACCUCACGCAGUGUCCCCUUACCACGGUCAUCAUUACAGUAUCAAGGGUUACAUUUUGUAUUGUUUUUACUUAAUAGUCUCCUAUAGACAGAUUCACCUUUGAAAAUUAAGAAUAAAUUUGUUUAAAAGGGGAGCUUUUUGCGUCACUUGGAAGUGGACAGCACGUCUCACUAGCUGUGAACAGAAUCUGCUGGGGCCGAGGCCCAGCGCCUGCCGGCUGUCUCUUCUCAGCUGCACAGCGAGCAGGUGCCAUGCCAGCGUCUCCCUGAGUCUUUGUCUUUGACCAUCCCCAAGGGGAGGAAAGGACAGAAAGAGGGGCAGGCUGCUCCCUAGAGGGGCCACCAGGGCCAUCUCCUCCCCCAGGGGGCCACCCCAGGAGCUGGUGACAUCCUACCCGCCCCUUUCCUGAGGGUCAUUGCUUCUGAUGGAUUUUCUUGUGUAAACUCCACGCCCCCUGAGCAGCAGCCAUUGUUAAGCUUUGCUAUUGUAAUAAAGAGUUCUAUUUUCAUAGAACACUGACAAAUGGAAACGUGCUGAAAUCGAUUAAACCAGCCUUGUUUGUGG